AUGAAAAGAUGCACAAUUCAACUAAUUCAACUGGUUUCUUGCUCUCAGUCUGUUUACAUCUAUCUAUCUAUCUAUCUAUCUAUCUAUCUAUCUAUCUAUCUAUCUAUCUAUCUAUCUAUCACAGCCUAUCUAGCUCAGUUUGUUUACAUCUAUCUAUCUAUCUAUCUAUCUAUCUAUCUAUCUAUCUAUCUAUCUAUCACAGCCUGUUCAUUAUGUAUGUAUGUACGUAUCUAUCUAUCUAUCUAUCUAUCUAUCUAUCUAUCUAUCUAUCUAUCUAUCUAUCUAUGUUUAUUAUCUAUAUUCAUACUUAGCUCAGUCUGUUUACAUCUAUCUAUCUAUCUAUCUAUCUAUCUAUCUAUCUAUCUAUCUAUCUAUCUAUCUAUCUAUCUAUCACAGCCUGUUCAUUAUCUAUCUAUAUCUCAUCUUGUCUCUCUCUCUCUUUCUCUCUCUCUUUCUUUCUUUCUUUCUUUCUUUCUUUCUAUCCUUUCAGCAACUUCUCAUAUAUUCUCUUUUAUCCUUUUCUCUCUGGUCUUAUUAACUGCCUCGAAUCACCCUCUCUUUUUUCAUCUUCUUUUUAUCUCUUUCAUUCAUUCCCUCUUCCCUUCUCUCCUCCGACAUACUCCCUCAUCUGCCACUUCCUCUUUCGUCCGUGUAAACGCGUGUGAAGAAGGAAAUGCACGUGACAGCAUCAUCAUGACUGCGACUAUCGCCUUUACCAUUACGACGCCAACGACUCUUGAUAAACACAGAUAUAUCGUUUUGCCCAUAUCUAUCUAUCUAUCUAUCUAUCUAUCUAUCUAUCUAUCUAUCUCCGUCUGUUCACUAUCUAUCUAUCUAUCUAUCUAUCUAUCUAUCUAUCUAUCUAUCUCCGUCUGUUCACUAUCUAUCUAUCUAUCUAUCUAUCUAUCUCCGUCUGUUCACUAUCUAUCUAUCUAUCUAUCUAUCUAUCUAUCUAUCUAUCUAUUAGUACCCUCUGGAGAUAUCCAUAUCCGUUUGUAUGGUUUUUCUCUAUUUACCACUUCCGCUUGCUACGGCGGCAUCCACCUCAUUCUACCCCCGUCUAUCUCUAUCUCUCUCAUUCUCUCUCUCUCUCUCUCUCUCUCACUCACACACACACCCACACACACACAUCUUGUCUCUUUCUUUCGUAGAUCUUCCUCACAUAUCUAUUGGCACACGAACAAGCACGUGCGACGAAUACUCGUUUACAGUCAUGAUCUAUUCAUAUCUAUCUAUCUAUCUAUCUAUCUAUCUAUCUAUCUAUCUAUCUAUCUAUCUAUUCAAUUAACAACUAUCAAUCUCUUUCAGUUCAUAUAUAUCUAUUCAAUUAAUAUCUAUCAAUCUAUCUCUUUCAGUUCAUAUCUAUCUAUCUAUCUAUCUGGCUACCUUAAUUGA